CUGUAGAUCGUGAAAAGACAAAGGCGAAGAUAAUUUCAAGAGGAAGAUAGUAUUUGUAUUGUUUAAAAAUAAAGGUUUCAAUUUAAUUUACAAAUGGCCCCUAAACCUCUAGAAAAAUAACUUAAACCCCCCUUAUCCCAUUCUUAGGAGCAAACGCAGAGAGUGAAUCAGAGCUACAUACAAUUCCUAUAUGAUUCGUCCCGGAAUCGGAUCUCUAUACGCAGGCUACCGGCAGUGCCGCCACCAGCCACCGCAGCAGCGGCGGCGGAUCUCCUCCACGCCGCAUCUAGCUUCAUGGAUGGACAGAGUCAAGGCGAUCUUCACGGGCCAGAAGCCCUCCGAGACCUUCAAUCUACUAUCGUUCGCGAAUGAGCUGAGCAAUGCGAGGAAGGUGUCUAAUUGGAAGCAGUACGUGGUGGGGAGAAGUAGCGACGCUACCUUCGCGGAGGCUUUUGCUAAGAAAGAGGCCAUUCUUCGAUGCCUUGGCGGAUUUGAUAACACUGGAGAGAAUCUUCGAAAUAGUCAAAAGCAAGAGGCAGCAAAGCUUUGUAAGUGCACAAUAGCAGAAGUUGAGAAUGCAUUGGCAAUGUAUACGUGGGCGAAAGAAGCACAGAAGAAGAUUGAGAGGUUGAAGGAAGAAGGAAAACCCAUGCCAAAGAGCAUGAGUGAGAUUCAACAGUUAAUGGGAUCAACUCCUAUGGAUCUCGCAAGAUCAAACUUGGCAAAAAGUGGGCAAAUGAGUAGGAAUGCUCCCUGCCCAUGCGGUUCAAAUAAGAGAUAUAAGAGAUGCUGUGGGAAGGAUUAAGACCAACCGUCCGAAGUCAGUCGUGUGGUUCAGCUGCACAUACCCAAGGGGCCCAAUGGAUUUUGUGAAUGAAUGAGUAAGGACACAAUUUUAUACUAAUGCAGCUGUGCUGGUUUGUUUUUUUCUUUGCUCUGCAAUAUUCUCUUUUACCUUAUUUCAAAGAUUAUUCAGAUUGUCUGUUUUUGAGUACCACACUGACACGAUGUAAGAAGAUGGAAAGAGAUUGGGACAAAAGUGUUCCUCGAGAUCGGUUUGGUCU